AUGUCUUUCACUCACCUCGUCCGAUUCCUGGCCAAAGAUGGCCAAAUCUAUUAUGGAGAUGCCAUCCUUCCAGCAGGAAAGAGUGAUAUCGCCACCGCGACCAAGGCCAGAGUCAUUCAAGGAGAGAUCUUCGGGCAGCACCGGGUCACAGACCAGAUCGCAGAGGUGAAGCUGUUGCUGGCACCUCUGGCCCGCAAGGAUAUUGGCACAGUUCGCUGUCUGGGCUUGAACUAUGAGCAACAUGCGAAGGAGUCCAACCUCCCCAUUCCCAAGUACCCCGUGUUGUUUUACAAGCCCGUCACCUCGAUCUCCGGCCCGACGGAUGAUAUUCCGGUGCCACGAAUUGCCCAGGAGGGCGAGGGCUUGGAUUACGAGUGUGAGCUGGUCAUUGUCAUUGGAAAGGAGGCUAAUGAGAUCCCUGAAGAGAGGGCCCUAGACUACGUUCUGGGGUAUGCGGUGGGCAAUGAUGUUUCCCACCGCGAUUGGCAGAUCAAGCGGGGUGGAGGCCAAUGGGGACUGGGGAAGGGCUUUGAUGGAUGGGCACCCUUGGGCCCGGGAAUCGUGUCAUCCAGUGUCAUCAAAGACCCUAAUGCCUUGCAGAUCUCCACCAAGUUGAAUGGCCAGACAGUUCAGUCUUCUUCCACCAAGGACAUGAUCUUCCAUGUGGCCAAGACGGUAUCUUUCCUGUCCCAGGGCACGACAUUGCAACCGGGAGACCUCAUCUUUACUGGAACACCUCAAGGCGUGGGCAUGGGCCGCAAGCCCGCAUUGUGGCUGAAGGACGGUGACCAAGUGGAAGUUUCGCUCGAGGGGGUAGGAUCAUGCAUCAACCGGGUGGUCUUUGACAAGCCAAGCUCCAAGCUGUGA